GGUUCUUCGUUUUCUUUCUCUCCAACGUUCUAGCGCAUCAUCUGGAUUUUUUUUCUCUAGCCAUAACAGCGCGAAAAGAUAGUUAUUAGAAGUAAACGAAAAUUUGGCCGACGAAAAAAGAAGCGAAAUAAAACAAAGUGACGCAGUGACAUUUAUUAUCAAUUAUAUAAUUUUUCUUUUUAUUUCUUUUCAAUAAAAUGCCGGCUAUUUCACAUUUGCAUAAGUGGGCUCUAGGGUUAGGCGCAGUAAGCGGCGCAAUAUUUUAUUAUUAUAAUUCACACGAUAGUACGGAUUCCUGGCGAGUGCACAACUCGUGGACGACGAAUUACACACCCUCGGUGAAGUGGGAUCACAAUUGGGAUAGGAGAGAUCCAAAGAGCUUGGUGAAGCCAAUACAAAUAAACAGUGAAAACGAUGAGAAUAAGUACAAUGAAAAGUAUGAGGCGAAGAAAGCAAAGGCUGUGCGACAUAUACUUUUGAUUCGGCAUGGGCAAUAUCAUAUGGAUGGAAAGACAGAUGCUGAAAAAGUGCUAACCGAACUUGGCAGAAAACAAGCUGAAGCAACAGGAAAAAGGCUAGCAGAAUUAAAUCUACCUUACUCAUUGAUAGUGAGAUCUACAAUGACACGUGCUCUAGAAACAUCUAAAAUUAUAGAAAAGAAUCUUAUAGAUGUGCCAGUUGAAGAUGAUGGCAUGUUAAUGGAAGGUGCGCCUAUACCUCCAGAACCGCCUAUUGGUCAAUGGAGAUCAGAAAAACAUGGCACUAUAGCUAUGUUCCAGUUCUUUCAGGAUGGGCCCAGAAUAGAAGCAGCAUUUAGAAAGUAUUUUCACCGUGCAGAUUCCAGUCAAGAGCAUGAUUCUUAUACUAUUCUUGUAUGCCAUGCAAAUGUUAUCAGAUAUUUUGUAUGUCGAGCAUUGCAAUUUCCACCAGAAGCAUGGCUACGAAUAUCCUUGAAACAUGGAAGCAUUACUUGGCUCUGCAUUCUUCCCAGUGGUAGAGUUACACUUUUUUGUCUGGGUGAUACAGGACACAUGUUACCACAAAAUGUAACAUCUUCUUAAAGGUAUGACAUAUAUAGAUGUCAUAUGUAAAUCAUAUCAUAUAUAAACAAAUAAUAAACAUCAAGACUAUUGAUAAGCAUGUAUAUAUACAUAUGUGCAUCAAGACUGCAUUUUACAAUACGUACAAUUUUAUGUAUUUAUCUAUAAUUUUUUCUUAUCAGAAAUAACUCAUUCUUUGUUAUAAUUCUAUUACAUUAAAUAGCUGUUUUCUCACUGUGAUCAUAUUGAAUUAUAAUUUAUAGUAUAUUUUUAUUAAUUUAUACUUCAGUAUAUGCAAAAAUGUUUUUGUUAAGUGCAUUUAACACUAAAAAAUCAUUUUAAUAUAUUAUGUAAGAAAAAGUUCACAUGAACUUUUAGUUAUCAAUUCAAUAUGACUGCAGUGAAGAAAUCGGAAGCCAUAAUGUAAUUGUAUGCAAUUGUAUGGACAUAAACAUUGAAUUUUACUCCAAAAAGAAUAUUUUAAAAUAUUACAAGAAAUGUAGAUUUGUACAGAUGUAAAUACUAAAUUUCACCAGAAAUAAUAUUUCAAAGUUUAA